AUGGUAGUGCGAAGUCUGAAGAAUAUCUUUCUGAAGAGUUACUUUGAUUAUGACAGCCCUUUUGAUCUUUUUAAAUUUCAUCCACAACUAAGAAUUUGUCUCAUGCUAAAUGGAAUAUUUUUUAAUAAUCCCGAGUCUCCUCUGAGAUUUAUUUUUCCAGUAUUAAGCGGUACCGUGUCAUUAAUAGCGGCAUCAUUAGAAGCGAUCUUCAUUUAUCACGGAGUAACAGUGAAGGAUUAUUCGUUUGCAACAGAAUGUUUCUGUUAUUUCAUCAUUUUAACUCUCAUUCCCUUGAUUUAUACAAGUAUGAUUUUAAAUAGGAAGAAGAUCAUGGAUCUGCUUAACUCUAUGAACAGGGAUUUUCUGUAUAUUUGCAGUUUGGGGUCGAAGUAUAGAAGCACGUUUUUAGAAGGACAACUGCUGAUAUGGCGGCUAUACUUAGCGUGGUUCAUGUAUAUCGUAUCUAUCGACUUAACUUACUUGGGAACGACAAUAGCUAUACUUAUGUAUCAAAGUUUGUUUGCAACUCAAACUGAAAAUAUAGUUAGACCCCUUAUGUUUCCGCUAUGGCUGCCUGAAGACGAUCCUUAUCGCACCCCAAAUUACGAAAUUUUCAUGUUUUGGGAAAUAGUUCUCAUGUUGAUCGUCAUACAAACGAUCUGCUCAUACGUCUACUUACUAUUUCAUAUUCUGCUCCAUCACUAUUACCUGAUGAGUAUGAUCAUCUUUGACUGCGAAGUGCUGUUCGUUGGUUUGGAUGAGAGCGUGGUGCGAUUGCCCAAACAUGACCCUCGUCGGAUGGGUGUGCAAACAAUCCUGAACAGCAGGAUGAGACGAAUUGUUAAAUGGCAUAAUUUGGUUUUUCAGUCUAUCGAAGCAGUUUCAUCAAUCUUCGGACCACCGCUUGUUUACCAAGUAAUGUUCAGUUCAGUUCCCAUUUCUUUGAUGGCAUAUCAAGUAGCUGAUUCGUUAGACCACGGCAAAUUGAACGUCACGUUUGCAAUGCUGGGUAUUGCGAUAUGUCUUCAGCUCUGGAUACCGUGCUACCUCGGAACACUGAUCAGAAACAAGGCAUUUUCCGUGGGCGACGCCAUGUGGAGCAGCGGUUGGCACGAGACGCCGCUGGGCCGGCUGCUGCGCGCAGACAUCACGCUGGUCAUCAUGCGCUCCCAACUCCCUGUCAGCAUCAAGUUCACGGGGCUGCCCAACCUGGAGCUCGAGACUUUCUCCUCGAUAAUGAGUACAUCUUAUUCGUACUUCACCUUACUGCGCCAAUAUACGGGUAACAAUAAAACAUAAAAUAAAUAAAGUACAUUGAAAUAGUA